UAUCGGCUGGAGACGGUCAGCGAGUCAAGGUUAAGCGAGUGGGUGUUCGAGCCUUUCACCAAGGCCGUGAGCUCCCUGCCUCCGCAGCAGACCUUUCCUGCCAAGUGCCACGUGUGCUCAACGCGUCUCGAGAGCGGAGAUGGGCACCUGCGUGCAGAGGAGCUCUUCAGCGACCUGCUGAGGGGCAGCUUGGAGCAGCUGGACCCCCCGGCGACACCCCCCCCGGACCCCUGGGACGUGGAGGUCAGGGCUCCCUGCUUCUUCCAGGGCCGGACACGGCGAUGCCAGGUGCCCCACUCCGUGCUGGUCAGGGACUGUCACAGAUGCCGCGGUCACGGCCGGUCCAAGUGCGGGGUGUGCCAUGGGGCAGGUCGGAUAUGCUCGGUUCUGUACUUGGGGUUUGGGAAGGGGAGAGGAGGUUUAACCCAGGGAUACGAGUGCCGCUGCAAAGCCGGCCUCCUGUCGUUGUUUGUUCUUCUGCGCAGAUAUUCCCAGCCUGCCAGCAGAGACGAGGUGUGUAACGUGCGAGGGCUCCGACGGAGGCUGAAGCACCAAAAGAGAUGCCAGCGUUGCUCGGGUACAGGUCGCCAAAGGUGCCAUACCUGUUCUGGCCGGGGCAGCAAGACCUGUGCGACCUGUCAGGGAGAGAAGAAGCUCCAACAUUUCAGGCAGCUGGUGAUAAGCUGGAAGAACAAAGUCUUUGAAUUUGUUUCUGAGCAUCAUCUGAACUUCCCAGGAGAGCUGCUCAGCAAAGUCAGCGGAGAGAAUAUAUUUAAAGGUGAAAAUGUGGUGGUGUACCCCAUCAUCGACUUCCCCGAUCCCGAGAUCUCCCUGGCCUCGCAGCGAGCCAUCGCAGAGCACAGCACGGCGUUUGCCACGUCCUCCCGCAUCCUCCGGCAG